AUGCCCGAAUUUGCAAACGGGGAAUGGGGGCGCGAACUUUCUCUAGCCCCCAGAGAAUUCCCGCCCUUGGAUGCUGGGUAUAGGAAGGGUCUUCUGGAUCCCAGAAACCCGGAAGUGGAGAGAAUCGCGAAGGGAGGACGUUUUCUAACGGUCAAGAAAGCAGGAGAAAAUGAGAGUAUGCUGCGUGUAUCACCAUUUCUUAUCGCAAGAGAACUGCAUCCUUUGGGGGAGGUGAAGGAUAUUACGCGUCUCAGGGACGGGACGAUUGUAAUUGAGACGAAAUCAAGGGAACAGGCACUCCGAAUGAUGAGAGUAAACAAAAUCGGAAGUCAUGAGGUGAAGGUAGAGGAACACCCACGCUUCAAUACCUCCAAAGGGGUCAUUCGCAGCUGGGAUUUGGCCUAUAUGGAUGAGAAUGAACUGCUGUCGGAAUUGUCAUCUCAAAUGGUGACAGAGAUCAGGCAAAUCAAGAGGAAACCGUCGCAGGUGGAGAGACGAACCAAUCAAAACGCCAGAGAGGGUGCUUCGGCGUGGAUGAAUACAGGAACAUUCAUCGUGACUUUCGCGCUACCGGAAAUCCCAGCGUACAUCAAGGCUGGCUAUCUCAAAGUGAAUGUAGCCCCCUUCGUUCCAAACCCGCUACGCUGCUUCAAGUGUCAGAAAUUCGGGCACAUGAAGACAUCCUGCCGUGGGAUGGAUAUGUGUGGUAUUUGCGCGGAGAAGGAGCACUACCCAGAGCAUGUACAGGAGAGGCAAAGUGCAUCAACUGCGGGCAGAAUCAUGUAA